AUGCUCUCCAACAUUGACAUAUUCAAUCAGGCGGUCUCGAUGAACCACAACUCGCUCUCGCAAGGCGACUUGGCCUCGUCGCAACUCGCCAAUAAGUUCCAGUUUGCGGACCUUCAUACAGCUUCACCAGCUUCAGAGGCACCAAAUGACGAGAAUGCCGCUACCGCACUAUGGAGAAUGUAUGCCAAGGCAAAGGCCUCGUUACCGUACCGCACCAGAAUGGAAAACCUCACCUGGCGCAUGAUGUCAAUCAAUUUGAAGAACUCUGGAAGGAUAAAACCAAGAGAAUCUGCCGAGGAAUUUCUCAACAGCAACGUCUCCGAUCAAGACGGCGAUGCCUCUAACCUUUUCAACAACAUGAACGGCUGGCCCGAACACCCAGCUCUUGACAUAGAGCUCGUUGAUAAUACCAAGAUGUGGACGCCCAGCAUGGACGCUGCGAGUCCGGGCCGCCCUGCUGUGAAUGCCGGUCUCGGUGCUGAAACGGUCCAGCAAAACGUCACAGACCCGACUGCUGAAGACUUCGACUAUGUGGCUCAUAUCAAGAGAAUAGGCCAGGAGGAGUACUCUGCCAAGACCAUCUACGAGCCCUCAGUCGCCCACCCGUACCAGACGCACCAGGUUCAUCGCUCGCAAUCACAGAUGAACAGAUCACAUUCGCAGUUCGACCUGGACAUCCCGAGCCCGAACGAUGUUUCCUCGCGAUUGUCUCAGCAGACGAUGGUUGGAUCUGCUCCUCCGUCGCUACACCACAAUCCCAGCUUUGUGAAUUUCCUCGGCAACAAUGGCGAUAUGUACUCGCCGAACUCAUCCAAUGUGCAGACUCCAAGCGCAGAACACCGGGAUUCUAGUACGUAUUUCGAUACAUAUUUCCAGAGCAAUCAGUCGCCGCAGAAGAACCCGCUGCGGAAGCAGCAGCCGCACACUUUGAAAAUGGAGCAGCGGCAGCAACAGCAACCGCAGCACAUGGAUUCGCACCAAUGGAAGGGACUGUGGGAGCAGAACGGGAUUGACGGGAUGGGCAUGAACAUAGGCGUGAAUGGAGGAUCUCAGCAGCAGCAACAGCAGCAGCCGUCCCAUUCUCAACACCAGCAGACACAGCAAGUGCAGCCACAAUCCCGGAACGAGAUAAAAAAGGAAGCCGAAUUUCCCUACGCAAUUGCUCAGAAUACCAAGAAUCCGCUGGCCGAGUAUGCCCAAGGUCUGGCCAUAGAUUUCGACGGAGAUACCAACAUGGACCCGUUCCCACAGGUGUCCAACCAGAUGAUGUCACAGCCUCAGCAGCAGAGUACGCAGCAACAGCAGAAGUCCAAGCUGAAAUCGGGCCAGCCAAUGGUCCGCAAGAAGAGCGUAGCUGCGUCUGGGUCUGCUAAGACCGUCAAAGUCAAGGGCAAGGCCAGAAGACUGUCGAUAUCACCAGCUGAUAACACACCACAGGCUGUGACUCCUACCUCGGGAAUGUCGUCUAGCGGAAAUGCCAGUGACUUCAACAAUACUUUGAAUGGCCAGCCCACAAGUUGCACGAAUUGUAAUACGAGAACUACUCCACUGUGGAGACGCAAUCCCGAGGGAGAGCCUCUUUGCAAUGCGUGCGGGCUGUUCCUGAAGCUUCACGGAGUGGUGAGACCGCUCUCGCUCAAGACUGACGUGAUCAAGAAGAGGCAACGGGGAGCGAGUAGCUCUGGACCUGCUUCUUCGGUAGGAGGCUCGGAAUCGGUUGCUGCCUCCAGUCCUGCUCUCAGUACCAAACUGACCAAGGCAAUUGAAGAGGAGAGUGCAGAUGGUGAUAAUCUGAACCCUACUCCAAUUCCAAAGUCGGCCAAGACGAAGCCUCCAACCAAUGGACAUCAGAAUGCGGCUGACAUGAUGGUGACUUUCAACGAUAACGAUAUUCAACUGGAGGCUCUGGAGUUUGACCAGGUGUUGAACAUGGAUGCUGCAGACGGUUCGCAGAACAAUUGGGAAUGGUUGACCAUGUCGUUAUGA